GGCUCGUCUUUAUCAGUAAGACAGCGCCGCUGCUCGAGCGCUACACUGACCGUCCGCCGCGCGCAAUCACCGUUUGAUCGGGACCCGCGCGGAGCCUCUCCGUUAUCUCCCCGCGCGCCACUGCAGCAGAAGGGCAAGAGGAACUCCAAAGAGGAUCAUUUAGUUAAUCUGCGCUGACCCUUUCUGGGAGAAAAACACGGACUUCACAGACACCUGUCCUGGGAGAUACUUCGUCGAAGACCUUUGCGUGUAUCUGAGUAAAAGAAAGAAGUUUUAUCCGUCGCUGCCGCUGAACGUUCGUAACCUUGGAACUCGUAGCCACUGUUCGGUGAAGAUGGGACCGUUGCUCGUCUCCAUCGCCCUCUGCGUGCACCUCGCUGUCCCGCAUCUCGUCAAAGCAGCAGAUGGUGAGGAUCCAACUUCAGCAGGACCCUGCCAUCCAAACCCUUGCCACAAUGGAGGCAUCUGUGAAAUCAGCGAAACAUUCAGAGGUGACACAUUCAUUGGAUAUGUCUGCAAGUGUCCAUCAGGCUUCAACGGGAUCCACUGCCAACACAAUGUUAAUGAAUGCGAACGAAGCCCCUGCAGAAAUGGCGGGAUCUGCACAGAUCUGGUUGCGAACUAUUCCUGUGAAUGCCCGGGGGAAUAUAUGGGAAGAAACUGCCAGUACAAAUGUUCUGGUCCACUGGGCAUGGAGGGUGGCAUCAUCUCCAACCAGCAGAUAACAGCCUCCUCUACUCACCGAGCUCUCUUCGGCCUCCAGAAGUGGUACCCCUACUUUGCCCGGCUGAAUAAGAAGGGUCUGGUGAACGCCUGGACUGCAGCCGAGAAUGACAGAUGGCCCUGGAUUCAGAUUAACCUGCAGAGGAGGAUGCGGGUCACAGGAGUGAUAACCCAAGGAGCCAAGCGCAUCGGGAGCCCAGAAUAUGUUAAGUCCUACAAAGUGGCCUACAGCGAUGAUGGAAAGACCUGGAGGACAUACAAAGUCAAGGGCACAGAUGAAGAUAUAAUCUUCCGAGGGAAUAUUGAUAACAACACUCCAUUUGCGAACUCGUUCACCCCUCCAAUCGAGGCUCAGUAUGUGAGGAUCUACCCGCAGGUGUGCAGGAGACACUGUACACUCCGCAUGGAGCUGCUGGGCUGUGAGCUCUCAGGAUGUUCAGAGCCAAUGGGGAUGAAGUCUGGCCACAUCCAGGAUUACCAGAUCACAGCCUCUAGCAUCUUCCGGACUCUUAACAUGGACAUGUUCACCUGGGAGCCUGGAAAAGCACGACUGGAUAAACAAGGGAAGGUCAACGCCUGGACAUCUGGACACAGUGACCAGUCCCAGUGGCUACAGGUUGACAUGCUUCGGCCAACAAAAAUUACAGGCAUUAUUACCCAAGGGGCAAAAGACUUUGGACAUGUUCAGUUUGUCGGCUCCUAUAAGGUGGCUUACAGCAAUAACGGUGAGAGAUGGCUUAUAUAUCAGGACAACAAACAGAAGAAAGACAAGGUCUUUCAAGGAAAUUUUGAUAAUGACACCCACAGAAAGAAUGUGAUAGAUCCUCCAAUCUACGCCAGAUUCGUUCGGAUCCUUCCCUGGUCGUGGUAUGGCAGAAUCACUUUGCGCGCAGAGUUACUUGGAUGCACAGAGGAGGAGUGAAGACCCCUGUUCGUUUUCCCUUUGCUACACUUUGGUCUAUAUUUAAUAUAAACUGUGCUUAAACAUGUCAAAUUAAAAUUUAUUUCACACAAAUUUUCCCAUUUUUUAAGAAAUAUUACCAUUUGUUUAUAUUCUUUUUUUCUAAAGAUGCAGAAUUAAGUCAUCUACCAUGUCAUAUUUGUUAGUUAAUAAAUUAUUUCAUUAUUUUUCUUCUUUUUGAAGAGCUAAAGGGUGAGGUUUUUCACUGUGCUUUACACAGUGGAACCGCAGCCACUGUACAGUGUCACUUUAAACUAGAACAAAAAAAAAAUGACAUGCAGUGCUUCUUAGGCCAUGAUCACAAGAGAUGACAGAAAAGACUAACAUUCAUUUGUAAAAUAUAUUUCUACUUUUAUUUGAACAGCAGGGCUGACUGAAGUUACAGUAUAUCACAAGCGACACUGAUAUUGUUGUGUAGACAAAAAUAUGUUGGUAUUGUAUUAUAUGUAAAACGCAAAAUAACUGCAUGAUGCAAAAAUAAAUAGAAGUAUAAGACAACAGGUUGUAUAAGUUCAAAUUAAAGCAUUUCGUAGAUCAUUUUUAUUAAUCAUUGCAAAUUUUUAUGAUCUGAUUUCCUGUACUUUUCUAAAGACACUGUUACAUGCUUCAUUGCGUAAUGACAUGCCAUUAAAGUUUUGCCACGAAAAAAUAAAUGAAUAAAACACACAUUUUGAAAGAACACAUACAUCUUAAAGGGCACCUAUGAUGAAUAUCAUUUUUUGUAGGCUGUUUGGACAAAACUGUGUGCAGAUAUAGUUUGUCCACAUUCAUAUUAGAGUGAUAUAAACCCAAUAAGUUGUUAAAAAAGACGUUAAAAUAGGAUCCAAAUUCCUCCCAUUUUCCAAUAUUCUGAAAGCUAUAAUAAAUAAUCUGAUGCAUAUUUUGAGCUGAAACUAUAUAGACACAUUCUGGAGACACAAAAGACGUAUCUUAAAUCUUGAAAAGGGGUAAAAUAGAGAGAAGGGUAUAAAUGGAGGUCAGCUUCAAGUAAGUGGGACUUGCGCUCCAAGUGGGAUGUACAAAACCUGGAGUUUUUAUUUAUUUAAUAUCUUGUACAUGACACAGAGUCCAAUAUUGUGCUUUAUGAAUGUUUACACCAACCCCGACGCUAAACCCAACCCCACAGUAACCUGUUGUGUUUUAUUAACAUCUACACCUACCCCAACCCUAAACCCAACCUCCUAAACCCAACCUACUUGUGGUUUAAGUCCCUCCCAUUUGGAGGUCACCCAACCUACUUGCCAUGUAAUCCCUCCCAUUUAGAGGUCUGCGGGCUGCAGCGAUACCUAUUUCAACAUAGGUGCCCUUUAAAAGGUUAGUAUCACACACAUAGACAACUGACAGAAAGUCAUGAAGGAAAAGCUAUUUGCUUACAGGUUAUUACGUAGGCAGUCUGUAACAACGAAAAAAAUAAUUGUAAAAGAAAAUAAUGUCCUUGGAAUUUCUUUUUUUGUGUAUGAUUUAGUUUGUGUAACAUCCAGACAUCACUUUUUAUUUAGGCUGUUUACCUGUACUACUGUAUUUUUGUUUUUCUUGUUUGUAAAAACCUCAGGAUAGAUGUCAUCUUUUUUAUUACUUGCAAUCAUACACUUCAAUCUAACUUUGGUGGAAUGCUAAGUCCCUUCGAAAUAUCCCACAUUUGUAUUUGCUUGUUAGAAAAAAAAAUGUUGUAUGGACUAUACACUUGAGUGGGAUUAUUCUCUCUUUUUUCUUCUUCUUUUCUUUUUUUGGCCCCUUUACAAAGGCACCAAUAAAUAACAG